CGUCCCCCCACGGCUCUUGUAGCCAUAGCAGCCGAACACGACAACGGUCGUAAACACACAAAAAAAACGGAUACCAGAAAUAUUUUUCUCACUGAAGAGAUCUUGUUGUUUUGUUUUACCUGACAACGCCAGCUGUACGUAAAACUAGCUAAGGUCGCUAGCAGCGCCUAAAUUGUAUGCUAACUAGUUUCUCUAACUAACGUUAGCUAGCUGCAUUGUAUUGCUAGCUAGGUUAGCUUAGCUUGUUAACAUUGUCUAGCCGCUAUCUUUUGCAGUUUGUGAAAAAUACUAAACAUAAUAGUUAAUAAUAAUAGUUUGCUAGUGUAGUUUAGCAAGGAAACUUAACUGCUAAUGUUAUUAGCUAGUUCUAGCUAACGUUACAAGCUGGCCAAUAUUUUAUAUUGCUUUUAAAUAGUUAGGAAUUUAAAAAAAUCGUAUUAACACUUUGUUCUAGCUAGCUAAUUUGUGUAGGUAGAUAAAGUAAACAAAAUGAUAUAGUUAGAGAAACAGCAAGUACACUCACUAGUACUAGCUGUGGCUAGUGUUUUUAGUUUGACAAUCCGACGAUGUCAAAGAAUGCCACUUUUAUUGGCCCCUAGGCCUAACUCAUGCAGCUGUAUGGUGAUAAUGAGCUGAAAUGCCGAAUAGAGGCAUUUGAUCCAUUCAGAAUCGCUGCUACAUGAAUCUUUUCCGACAAUUAUCUGAGUUUGGACAGCAAUGUUUAGUCUGAUGGCGAAUUGUUGCAACUGGUUGAAACGCUGGCGGCAGCCCGCAAGGAAAAUAACACUGGUGAUGGUUGGACUUGACAACGCUGGGAAGACUGCUACAGUACGCGGGAUCCAGGGAGAGAGCCCAGAGGACGUGGCCCCUACGGUAGGGUUCUCCAAGGUGGAUCUGAAGCAGGGGAAGUUUGAGGUCACCAUCUUUGACCUGGGCGGAGGGAAGAGGAUCAGGGGCAUCUGGAAGAACUACUACAGCGAGUCGUACGGGGUGGUGUUCGUGGUGGACUCCAGUGAUGUUCAGAGGAUCCAGGAGACCAGGGACACCAUGGCUGAGGUCCUCCGACACCCUCGCAUCUCUGGGAAACCUGUCCUAGUAUUGGCUAACAAGCAGGAUCGGGACGGGGCAUUGGCUGAGGCAGACAUCAUUGAGAACCUGUCAUUGGAGAAGCUAGUGAACGAGAACAAGUGUCUCUGUCAGAUCGAGCCGUGUUCUGCUGUUCUGGGCUACGGUAAGAAGGGGGACAAGUCCAUCAGGAACGGACUCAACUGGCUGCUGAACAACAUCGCUAAAGACUACGAAGCCAUCUCUGAACGCGUCCGGAAGGACACGGCCGAACAGAGGGCUCAGGAGGAACAGGAGAAGAGAGAGAGACAGGAGAGAGUACGGAGGAUACGGGAGGAGAGAGACCGUCAGGAGAAAGAGGAGGCGGAGAGGGAGGGUCGGACACUGCAUGAGGAGGAGGAGACCGACGACGCCGCCGUACACAGCCCCUUCCAGCCAAUCGGCAACGUCAUCAAUGAGAAUGAAGACAAGCUGAAGAAGAGACCGACAGGAGGGCAGGUGGGUGGUGCCAACGAUUCUAGAAAAGGAGGGCAGGAAGAGGAGGAGGAGGAGGAGGAGGAAGAGGACAGCGAGAGACAGACUCCAGAGAGCGGUGCAGCCUCAGUGGAGCGGACGAAGAAGAAGACGAGUAAACUGAGAUUGAAGAGGAAACACAGAGUGGACCCUCUGAGGACGGAGGAGACAGCAGCCCCCGAGAGCCCCAUACCUCCACCACUACCUGUGGGAUGGGCUACUCCCAAAAUGUCUAGGCUUCCCAAGCUGGAGCCUCUUGGCGAUAGGAGCCGAUCCGAGUUCUUCGGCAAGCCCCUCCCUCCCGUGGCCAACCGUCAACAACAACCUAACAGCGACACUCAUGAUGUCAUAUCCUAGCCCCUCCCCUCCACCCAGGCUCCUCCUUCCUUACCUGAUUGGUUUAUCCAUCCCCAAGCCCCACCUUUAAUUCAAACCCCCCCCCCCCAAAAAAAAUGACAGUUUCUUUGGUUUCUUUUCAAAGUACGUGCUGUGUAGAGGUCUACAGACUCCACCACCAGCCGAGAUGAUGCUCCCAAGACCAAUGAACUACCGCCAACGUCGGCCCCGAGCUCACAGGACUACGAUGGUGGAGCGGACUGUCCAACCCUGGAGAGAGACUGGGUGGGCCCUGGAGAGAGAGGGAGGGUGACUGGGUGGGCCCUGGAGAAAGAGGGAGGAUGACUGGGUGGGCCCUGGAGAGAGAGGGAGGGUGACUGGGUGGGCCCUGGAGAGAGAGGGAGGGUGACUGGGUGGGCCCUGGAGAGAGAGGGAGGGUGACUGGGUGGGCCCUGGAGAGAGAGGGAGGGUGCCUGGGUGGGCCCUGGAGAGAGAGACUGGGUGGGGAUGACUGGGUGGGCCCUGGAGAGAGAGGGAGGAUGACUGGGUGGGCCCUGGAGAGAGACUGGGUGGGGAUGACUAGGUGGGCCCUGGAGAGAGACUGGGUGGGGAUGACUGGGUGGGCCCUGGAGAGAGACGGAGGAUGACUGGGUGGGCCCUGGAGAGAGACUGGGUGGGGAUGACUGGGUGGGCCCUGAGAGAGAGACUGGGUGGGCCCUGAGAGAGAGACUGGGUGUGGAUGACUGGGUGGGCCCUGAGAGAAAGACUGGGUGGGGAUGACUGGAGAGAGAGGGAGGAUGACUGGGUGGGCCCUGAGAGAGAGACUGGGUGGGCCCUGAGAGAGAGACUGGGUGGGGAUGACUGGGUGGGCCCUGAGAGAGAGACUGGGUGGGCCCUGAGAGAGAGACUGGGUGGGCCCUGAGAGAGAGACUGGGUGGGCCCUGGAGAGAGACUGGGUGGGGAUGACUAGGUGGGCCCUGGAGACAGACAGAGGAUGACUAGGUGGGCCCUGGAGAGAGACUGGGUGGGCCCUGGAGAGAGACUGGGUGGGGAUGACUGGGUGAGCCCUGGAGAGAGACUGGGUGGGCCCUGGAGAGAGACUGGGUGGGGAUGACUAGGUGGGCCCUGGAGAGAGACUGGGUGGGCCCUGGAGAGAGACUGGGUGGGGAUGACUGGGUGGGCCCUGGAGAGAGGGAGGAUGACUAGGUGGGCCCUGGAGAGAGACUGGGUGGGCCCUGGAGAGAGACUGGGUGGGGAUGACUAGGUGGGCCCUGGAGAGAGAGACCGAGUCAUAUUCAUUAAGCACCAAACAAACAAACAGGGAAAGUGACCGAUGGUAAAACGCUUGUUUCCGUUGUGUGUUGCAAAACGUUUUAGUACGACGUGUCCUAAUGAAUAGGACCAUGUUGAAGAACACAGCAUUGUGUUAAACACAGACUGAGAAAUAAAUGCAUAUUGAUAUGGACUUUA